AUGCCACUCUUGAAACAGCCCCUACAGCACGCGACCCAACGCGAAGUUGAUAUUCUUUAUACGCAUGACAAGCAGUCGCCGUCGUACAUCAAGGCCCAGGCCAUGCUUACUGCAGAGGCAAUAUACAACGCCGAUGGCUCUUGGCUACACAAGAAUCGUUCGCGCGCUGAGGAGGCGUUGGUAACCUCCCGUCAAAGGUUGGCGCUUGCAUUGCAGCAAGGUGAGAAUGCCUUGCAGCAGCUGGAUACCAUGUCUAAACGGGAUAUAUUCCAGAAUACCUCCUCCUUUGGAGAACUUAUUCACCGAGUUUUAACCCUAUCUCAGACACUUGUACCAGGUGAAGAGGACGCGAAAAUGCUCGACUCUUAUUUCGGUUCUGUAUAUGAGUGGGUGCCUGACGCCUUGAAGCUAAUAGCAAAGUACAAAGCAAACGGACUAAAUGCGCUGGAUUGUAAAGAUCUGCUGUUGCUGUCAGAGCUCCUUACAGAAGAGCUUCCACUAAAGAUUGCGGUACUGAAAAAGGUCUAUCUACCAACAUUGAAAGAGGUAUCAGAUGCUGCAGGAAUCCAAUAUGAAGCAUACACCUUUGAUGCUUGA